UGGGAAGGUUCCAGAGAGGGGUCGUUCUCUUCCCCCCCCCUUCCCAUCCCGGUAACGCAAGAAGAUGUAACGAGGCUGGCUAUUGGACCAUCUCUCCAGCGCGGAAUGGAGUAAGGAAGAGAGGCAGUGGUUGUUGCUACCCUGGGUGAUGGAGGACAAAUCCAGGAUCUUUGCUCUUUGCAGUGAGUGAGAGAAAGGUGUCUUGAGGAGAAGCUGAUCCCAGGCCUAUGCUGGAGAAGCUGUUGAUGCUGAAAUAUCUCCUGAAAUAAAAUUGGGCUCUUAUUUACAUGACCAAAGAUGGCAUCCUAUUUAGCACGAGAGGUUCAGCUUGCUAAAAGACAUGAAGAAAUCCUGUCUCAGAGAUUGGUGUUGCUUCAGCAGAUGGAGAGUCAUUCUGGAGACAAAGAAGCUGAAAAGACAUGGCAAAUGCAAGAAGCUGACGCAGCUCAUAAAAGAAAUGUAGUACUUUUAAAUGAUAUAGAAGCAGCAGAGAAGAAACUACACUCACGAGAGCACUUACUUCUACAUCCUGAUAUUGUUAAUCUCGAGACUCUUUACUGGGCAAAAGUAGAAGAAUCCAUUCCAAAAUGGGAGCCAUUUUUUUUAGGAAGAACCCAAGCCCCUGUUGGUGUUAAAACAAUUAAGCUGAAAAAGCAGAAUACAAGGCCUUCAAAAGGCUCAGUGCCAAGAUAAACAGAAACCAAAAAUCUGACUGGGCUGUUGGGAAAGGUCUGCUCAAACCUCCAAAUAAUGGGUCAUAAAAUGGAUUUGUGAAAUAUUUGUUGGGUAAGCACCAUUAAGUCUAAAAGUGCAUUCGGUUGUUCUCCCCCAAGCGCUAUUAUCUACAUGGAAGUGACUUUCAUAUCAAACACGGAUGAAACACUGCAGGAGGGAAAUGCAUCUGCUUCACUGAGGCAGAAAUAAUAUGAUCUGUUACUCAUACAUCAUCUUUUCCUAAUAAAAGUGAAAGCAGAUAUAAAUC